AUGAGCUCGGGACCUCACAUGUUGCGUAAGGAGAGUGGACUCACCACAAAGGAUGAGCAGCCAUUGAAAGAUUCUGAACAGGGCAAACUACAAGAAGCUGUGGAAGAGGUGCUACCAAGCCUGAAAAAAGAUAAUGUGUCCAUCUAUUAUGUGAGCAGAACUUCUAACACGGAUGGGGUUGAAUCUUUACUGGACAAAGUGGAUGAAGUGUCAACAGAACCUAUUCCAGAGUCGUGGAGGUCUGAAGUCACUUUUUCCAGUCCUGCCUUAUACAUUUAUACUUCUGGAACCACAGGUCUCCCGAAAGCUGCCAAGAUCAAUCACUAUCGCCUAUGGUAUGGAGCUAGCCUUGCCACUGCAAGCAAAGUUAGGAAAGAUGAUGUCAUCUAUACCACCCUGCCCUUGUACCACAGUGCUGCGCUUAUGAUCGGCCUCCAUGGAUGUAUCAUGACUGGUGCUACUCUUGUUUUGCGGAACAAAUUUUCAGCCAGCCAGUUUUGGGAUGACUGCAGAAAAUAUAAUGUCACUGUCAUUCAGUAUAUUGGUGAACUUCUUCGGUAUUUAUGCAACUCACCCCAGAAACCAAAUGAUCGUGUCCAUAAAGUGAGAAUGGCAAUGGGAAAUGGCUUGCGAGGAGAUGUGUGGAGGGAAUUCAUCAGGAGAUUUGGGGACAUUAGCAUUUAUGAGUUCUACGCUUCCACUGAAGGCAAUAUUGGCUUUAUGAAUUAUACGAGAAAAAUUGGUGCUGUUGGGAGAGUAAACUACCUACAGAAAAAAGUCAUAACUUAUGAGCUGAUUAAAUAUGAUGUGGAGAAAGAUGAACCUGUCCGAGAUGGAAAUGGAUAUUGCAUCCGAGUUCCCAAAGGUGAAGUUGGACUCCUUAUUUGCAGAAUCACACAACUCACACCCUUUAGUGGCUACGCUGGAGGAAGUGCUCAGACGGAGAAGAAAAAACUGAGAGAUGUCUUUAAGAAAGGAGACCUCUAUUUCAAUAGUGGAGAUCUCUUAGUGAUUGACCAUGAAAAUUUCAUCUACUUUCAUGACAGAGUUGGAGAUACUUUCCGCUGGAAAGGGGAAAAUGUGGCCACCACUGAAGUCGCUGAUAUCGUAGGACUGGUUGAUUUUGUCCAGGAAGUAAACGUUUAUGGAGUGUCUGUGCCAGGUCAUGAGGGUCGAAUUGGCAUGGCCUCUAUCAAAAUGAAGGAAAACCAGGAAUUUGAUGGAAAAAAACUCUUUAACCAUGUUGUCGAUUACCUGCCCAGUUAUGCAAGGCCCCGGUUUCUAAGAAUACAGGACACCAUUGAGAUCACUGGAACUUUUAAACACCGCAAAGUGACCCUCGUGGAGGAGGGCUUUAAUCCUGCAGUCAUCAAAGAUGCCUUAUAUUUCUUGGAUGACAAAGCAGAAAUGUAUGUGCCUAUGACUGAGGACAUUUACAAUGCCAUAAAUGAUAAAACUCUGAAAUUCUGA